AUGACACAAGGCGUAGAUAUCACACUUGAUGAGGUAAAAUUUAACUACGUAAUACCUCCGAGAAGUGCUAAGAACCGCUUGGAUCUGACCUUGAGGCUCCUGAAGUGGAAUAUACAGAAGUACAAGUAUCGGUGCCUGACCCUCACCGAGGUAAAUAUCUGUUUAUUUGGCUAUGAAUAUUUGCUGACAAUGAGGAUCCGGAAACUUUAUGCAUGGUGGCAUGUGUUGGAUUUUUCUACACAUGCUACCUACAUGGAAAUCUUGGGACAUAUCCACACAGCACAGCAAAGGGAUUUGAAAGUUGAAUCAGUUCUGCAUCCAGACUCUGACUGCCUUCAUACAUUGCAUCUUCCAUAUUCCCCCAUUCAGCCUGAACUGGAGACCUACAGUUCAAAACUGCUAAUUUAUCAGCCUUCCCAAGUAGAACGGACAGAUCUACCCACAGGUUGGGAAGAAGCAUAUACUUUUGAAGGUGCAAGAUACUACAUAAAUCACAAUGAACGAAAAGUGACCUGCAAGCAUCCAGUCACAGGACAGCCCUCACAGGAUAAUUGCAUAUUUGUCGUGAAUGAACAGACUGCAGCAGCUAUGACUUCAGAAGAAAAGAAAGAACGACCAUUAAACAUGGUGUCUGAAGCUGCACACUAUAAUUUGACAUCAGAUUACACAGCACAUCCAAUGAGUCCUCUGGGCAGAACAUCACGCUCCUCAAAAAAGGUCCACAAUUUUGGAAAGAGGUCGAAUUCAAUAAAAAGAAAUCCGAACGCACCUGUCGUUAGGCGAGGCUGGUUGUAUAAACAGGAUAGUACUGGCAUGAAGCUCUGGAAGAAGCGCUGGUUUGUUCUUUCUGAUCUCUGCCUCUUCUACUAUCGAG